AUGGCGUCGUUGCCGCUGGGACCCCAGCACCAUCACCAUAAUCCACCACCCGACCACGACCAGCUGCACCACCACCACCACAAUGCUCUUGACCAAGCUCCACCUCCCGCUGCCGUGAAGCUCGCCGCCGCCGCCUCCGACGCCAUGGACACCGACAAGGAUAUGACAGGGUCUGCGGUUGAUGGGAAUGAUCCACUCACCGGUCACAUUAUUUCCACUACUAUUGGAGGGAAAAAUGGGGAGCCCAAACGGACAAUUAGUUACAAGGCUGAGCGUGUCGUCGGUACAGGAUCAUUUGGAAUAGUUUUCCAGGCAAAGUGCUUAGAAACGGGAGAGACUGUGGCCAUAAAGAAGGUUCUGCAGGAUAGACGAUAUAAAAAUCGUGAGCUGCAGUUAAUGAGGUUGAUGGAUCAUUCAAAUGUGAUUUCUCUUAAACAUUGUUUCUUUUCUACGACAACCAGAGAUGAGCUUUUCCUUAAUUUGGUGAUGGAUUAUGUACCUGAGACUAUGUAUAAGGUUCUAAAGCAUUAUACCAAUUCAAAUCAGAGAAUGCCACUCAUCUAUGUCAAACUGUACACCUAUCAGUUAUUUAGGGGGCUUGCAUAUAUGCAUACCGUUGCUGGGGUGUCCCAUAGAGAUAUAAAGCCUCAAAAUAUAUUGGUAGAUCCUCUUACUCACCAGGUCAAGAUUUGUGAUUUUGGAAGUGCUAAAGUUCUUGUGAAGGGUGAAACUAAUAUAUCCUACAUUUGCUCACGUUACUAUCGAGCUCCAGAACUUAUAUUUGGUGCCACUGAAUAUACAACAUCAAUUGAUAUCUGGUCAGCUGGCUGCGUCCUUGCUGAGUUACUCUUGGGCCAGCCUCUCUUCCCGGGAGAAAAUGCAGUUGAUCAACUUGUAGAGAUUAUCAAGGUUCUUGGUACUCCAACUCGAGAAGAAAUUAGAUGCAUGAACCCGAAUUACACUGAUUUCAGAUUUCCCCAGAUUAAAGCCCAUCCAUGGCAUAAGGUUUUCCAUAAGCGGAUGCCUCCUGAGGCCAUUGAUCUCGCUUCACGGCUGCUUCAGUACUCACCAAAUCUUCGUUGCACAGCACUAGAAGCGUGUGUGCAUCCUUUCUUUGAUGAGCUCCGGGAGCCCAAUGCCCGUCUCCCAAACGGUCGCCCUUUCCCCCCUCUUUUCAAUUUUAAGCAGGAAUUAGCAGGAGCAUCCCCUGAGUUGAUAAACAAGUUAAUACCCGAGCAUAUUCGCCGACAAGUCGACGACCGCAAUCUGCUCCGGACAUACCACCCCUGGCCCGGUAACCGGAGGACGACUCAACCCAGCCCCACCCCACACCCGGCUCCACUCAAAAUACCGGCCGAUUGUGACACCGCAGGCCGAAAGCCCGACAAGGCCGAACAACCAAGCCAUCAACAACUCAAAUCAGGGAAGCAAUCGAAGGGGGGAGGGAGAGAGGAGCCGAACCUCAGCUCCGACCGGCGAAAAGCAGCCGGUCGGAACUCGCCGCGCAGCCCAACUCGACGCCUUUGGAACCGCUCAACAGAAGAGGCAACCUUGAAGACGACGAACCCUCUACCUGGCAGGGACCUCAACGCCUAG